GAAACGAUCCUUGGCUGGCCCAAACAUCGCUCUUUGCUGCUUACCCAUCGUUUUAGGGCUGCUUGCCAAAAUUGUUUUGAUCUCAUUGCGCGUUUUUCUGGUUUUUUUGCCAGUUCCGAAUUGCAAUUGCGAAACGUCGCUACCCUGUUUCCCGAGAGGGUGAUAGCUUUCCGUGGUUCCCAUCUUACCGCUGAAGCUGGUCUCUUGGGGCCGGGAUUGAUCAGGCGCUAACACGCCUCACCGACUGUUUACCAGAGGGCGCGCUCUGGGAACGACACCACUUUACUGCUCCAUCAUGAGUCUCAACGAGAAUCAAGGUUCGAUGCAUCCUGGCACCCCGUCAAGGUUGCCAUUCACUCCUCAAGGAGGGUCUGUUCCUUCAAAAACCGGCGGACUCGGAUCUAUUACAGGUGAACAUGAACACCAUUAUUCCUCCGUGGAUCCUCCAGGCUCCAUCCCUUCAGCGGCUGAAGUAGAGGCUAUGGUCCUUCGGCCCCAUCCAGCAGAGAGCAGCGUACGCUUGCCCCUCCCCGCGUCAUCUUCGAGCACCUCUUUGCCCCACUCCUAUUCCACAUCUCCGCCUUCCGAUUACUCGACCUCUAGUGGUAACUUGCUCAAUUACUUGCUCGCCAAAUCCGGGAGGACUGUCCACCAGUCUCACGUAUUUGGCGUGCAUCUCUCGACAAUUCUUCGACUCGCGUUCAUCAUCUUCGCGCUGAUAGGGAUAGUGGUGGGAUGGGUGCUCACCAUUAUGCUCGUAGAAUAUCUCCGCAAGAAUCCCAACACCAAUACUUCAAACGACAACACCGCAGUAUCAGAUUCUUCGACGACGCAAUCUGUUGUUUUCAUUCAUAUUGCUUUUGCGAUCAUUGCCCUACUCCUCCUUAUCCUACUGGAACGGACAAUCUUCAUCGCUCGCGCCCAGAGAUACUCAAUGCUCCAUCCUGAAGUGGUUUCGGCCUCUCUAGGAGAUAGAUUAGGCACAACAGCGGCGAGCAUCCCUCUCGCACCAUGGGCAAGGCCUCCAUUACCAACGUAUGCGGCUGCGAUAGGAUAUAGAGGGACAGGAGAUGUAGAGGAUGAAGAAAUUAUGGGGCCGGCUCCGCCGGAGUAUGGGAACACAAGAGGAAGCACUUUAUUGCUUUCAGGGCCUGCCUCGGCCGCCUUGAGAAUGGGCGAUACUGGCAGAAGUGCCACAAGCGUGAGGACUGUUCCGUUAGCUAGAUCAGGAUCGAGGACCAGUACACGCGCAGGAGGUAGGAAUCUUAGUUUGGGGGAAGAGGGAGAAGGCGACCGUACAUGGACAAAUGAGAGAAGGAUGUCGAAUAUGGAUUUGCUGAUGCGGGCUCGGAGGCUGGAGGAAUCCCUUGUUGCGCUCGAGCACAGUAGUGCCGGUCAAAGCAUUGCCGAUGUCAGCGAUGCAGCUGAGUCUACGACGCAAGUCGCGGCUGCAGGCAAUACAAAAUCCAGGAUGAGUGGAGGGAGUGGAGAUAGAAGUAGUGUCUAUGAGAAUCUCCGUUAUCCUUCAGUGCAAGCACCGCCUCAGGCUGCUUGCAACUUGCGACCUCGAUAGCAGACAUGUCUGGAUGCCUGGUGAAGCAUGGACUCUGAUCUGGUUUAUGUACGAGUAAGAUAUACCAUUUAUUUUGGAUUCGUAGGUUACCAGUCUGGGGUAACCCCAUUACUAUUACUAUCUACAACCACGGGGCAUUCAGAUGACGACGGUUUGAGAAUCGGCCGAUGACAGCAAUUAUGUUAGGCGGGUACUGAGUGUAGACCCAAAUUUGAAAGGAUGACAUUUGGAAUGAGAGUGUGGAGAUGGCUCUUAGCAGGGGGUCCUCCAUACCACCCCAUGUACGACGGACAGGGUCGCUCGUACUGAUACUCUGAUCACCUCGCUUGCACAUGAUUCGUAGACGACGAAACUUC